AUGGGUUACACGGAUGGAGCGUGGCAGGCCCAAACACUUGAUGCAGGUAUGGGAUGGAUACUGAAGAACGAUCAAGGAAGCACGAUCACCCAUGGAUCCUCGUCGCGGCAAUUCGUUCCGUCGGCCCUAGCAGCAGAAGCCCUCGCCAUCCGAGAGGCACUUACGGCCUUCACACAUUUUGGAUCACAAAAAAUCCAAGUGAAUUCGGACUCCCAAGUCCUCAUCUCCCUGAUCAAAUCUGGAGAAUCUCCGCCUGAAAUUGCAGGGAUUCUUUUAGAUAUUCGGGAGUCUCUAUCUCUUUUUCCCUGUAUUUCCUUCAAAGCAAUUGCCAGGAAGGAGGACUCCUCAGCGGAUUCUCUUGCAAAGGCUGCUCUGUUUUCCCUUGUUGUUCCCUCCUCUAAUGGAGAGUAA